AUGGCAAUCUUACUGAAAUGGUUUGGUAAAAAGAAUGAUGCCACUCAAGAGAUAGAAGAUUUGGGAUUUGAAAUAUCUGAGUGUUCUGAAACUUGUGAAUCUUGUUCUUCUAAAUUUCCAAAGAGUUUAAAAUUUGAAGAGAAUGAUCCAUUAUGGAAAUCUACUAAACCUUAUGGUAUGCAUAUUCUUGUAUCUACUGGUAAAACAGAUUGGGCUCAUGAUGCUGUUGAUGGUUCAGGUACCAUAAAACAUGCAGUUGCUAAAUGGGCUGGAGAUAAGAAAUCUCCCUUAGGUACUAUAAAAGUUAAUGUUUGUUCCAUGGGUUCUGAUGAUUUUUAUAUUAAUGAUGAUUAUAUCAAUGAGAAAAAGACUGACCUUUUGGUAUUGCCUUAUUUUUUAAAUAUUAAAGGUAUUGCUAUUGAUCAAGUUGAUGAAGUAUUGGAUGAAUUACAUCAAUUAUUAGUUGAUGAAGUAACAAUAGAAAAGAUUACUUCAAGAUUACCUAUGGUUUCUCCUGAUCCAAAUCAAAGUUAUGUAUUUAUGUGUUCUCAUACCACCAGAGAUAAACGUUGUGGAGUAACAGCACCAAUAAUGAAGAAAGAAAUGGAAAAUUAUUUACAAGAAUUAGAUUUAUACAGAGAUUUUGGUGAUAAUACUCCAGGCGGUGUUUCUGUUCAAUUUAUUAAUCAUAUUGGUGGUCAUAAAUAUGCUGCUAAUAUAAUUAUUUAUUUGAAAUCCCUGGGUAAAAAUAUCUGGUUAGGUUUAUGUAAACCAAAUAAUGUUAGACCAAUUGUGGAUCAAUGUAUUCUUGGUGAUGGUAAAGUUUGGCCAGAUAAAGUUAGAAUGGUUCAAAAAUUCAACCCAAUCGAUUGGUAG